AUGAGGCCAGCCACCACCCAGCCAGAAAUACAUCCUGGUGGCGUCAACCAAUUAGGAGGACGCUAUGCCAAUGGCCGCCCUCUGCCUGCAGUGACACGUAUGCGCAUCCUGCAGCUCGCGGUGCUCGGUUACCGACCCUGCGACAUAUCACGGCACUUGCUUGUAUCUCACGGCUGCGUAUCUAAGAUACUGGCACGCUUCUCAGAGACUGGGUCCAUCUUGCCAGGCACUAUAGGUGGCAGCAAACCACGCGUGUCAACACCCGAAGUAGUGCUAAGCAUCCAGCGCUACAAGCAGGACAACCCGAGCAUCUUUGCGUGGGAGAUCCGCCGCCGCCUCUUGUGUGAUGGCGUCUGCAGCGACCGCCACCUUCCCUCGAUAUCCUCCGUCAACAGAAUCCUACGAUCCUUGGCGCAUGUUCUUGUAUGA